AUGGACCGGUACCAGAGGGUGGAGCGGCCGCGGAACGAGUCGACCAUCGAGGAGAACGAGAUCCGCAUCACCGCGCAGGGCCUCAUCCGCAACUAUGUCUCCUACGCUACUUCCCUCCUCCAGGAAAGGAGAAUUAAAGAGAUUGUGUUGAAGGCCAUGGGACAGGCAAUCAGUAAAUCUGUUGCUGUUGCAGAGAUUAUUAAGAAAAGGAUCCCUGGGUUACACCAGGAUACCAACAUCAGUUCUGUCAGCAUCACUGAUGUCUGGGAACCCAUAGAAGAAGGCCUUGUCCCAUUGGAGAUGACUCGGCAUGUUUCGAUGAUAUCAAUUACUUUGUCCCCUAGAGAGCUGGACAAGCAAACUCCUGGGUACCAAGCUCCAGUGUAUGUUGAACAACCCAUGCAACAGCAGGCGCCACCACCGCAGCGCUUUACUCGCAGACCACCAGGACAACAAUUCCAGCAGCUGGAGUAUGAAGACUCCUAUGCACGGGGUCGAGGAAGAGGGAGGGGCCGUGGGCGUGGAAGGGGUUGGGGUAGAGGUGGCUAUGGUGGUUAUGGUGGCUAUGGAAACAACCAAGGUGGCUAUAACCAAGGCGGUGGGUAUUAUGGUAAUCAAGGUGGAUAUGGUGGCUAUGACAAUCAAGGUGGGUAUGGUGGUGGAUAUGGCUACAACCAAGGCAGAUACGGAAACUAUCAAGAAAAUGGUGGAUAUAACCGAGGGAGAGGAGGUGGUAUGCGAGGAAGAGGCAAUUGGGGUUACCGUGGAGGCUAUGAAGGUGGCAGGGGCGGCGGCUAUGAAGGAGGCAGGGGCGGCGGCUAUGAAGGUGGCAGGGCGGGCUAUGAAGGAAGGUGGCAGGGCUAUGAAGGAGGCAGGGGCGGGGCUAUGAAGGUGGCAGGGCGGCGGCGGCUAUGA